CGGACAGGACAGGAGAGGAGAGAGAGAGAGAGAGAGAGAGAGACGCGCUCCAAUGAGAAAAGUUUACUUGUUCUUCCUCCGCACAAUCCCACAGCUGAGGGCAUUAAUGUGAACGCAGAGGCUUUCUGUUUUUUACGCGCACUUCUUUCCCCCCGUCUUUCACCACCACACACGGAGCACAAAUCCACCUUCUCACCUUUAGUUUGGCGCGUGUCUUGCAUUUCUUUUUCUUUCAUUUCUUUUUCCCUCCCUUUUUAAUGAAUGAUUCUCUCUCGCAACACUUCUUCUACUAAGAUAUCUUCGGAUACGCCGCCGUCCUCGUCUGCACGACCUCACCUCGGCACAUCUUCUCUCAAGUUCAAGCGCCACCAAGACUUUCACUGCAGCUUCAGACGCACUUGGGGGAAAUAUCACACGGCGAAGAAAAACUUGAUAUUUUGUGCAGCAGCCGCAGAAGCGACCGCCAACAUGAGCCUGAAAGCUGACGCGGAGCCGAAUAACAACGUUUCCAUCGAAGAGGAGGUACGAACACUGUUUGUCAGUGGCCUACCAGUUGAUAUCAAACCACGGGAACUUUACCUUCUCUUCAGACCUUUUAAGGGUUAUGAAGGGUCACUGAUUAAGUUAACAUCAAAACAGCCUGUUGGGUUUGUAACCUUUGACAGUCGUACUGGAGCUGAAGCUGCAAAAAAUGCUCUAAAUGGUAUCCGUUUUGACCCCGAAAGUCCCCAGACCCUGCGCUUAGAGUUUGCUAAAGCCAACACGAAGAUGGCAAAGAGUAAGCUGAUGGCCACACCGAACCCCACAAAUAUCCACCCUGCUCUAGGAGCACACUUCAUUGCACGGGACCCAUAUGAUCUGACAGGGGCAGCACUGAUCCCAGCAUCGCCAGAUGCCUGGACUCCUUACCCGCUGUACACCACGGAGCUGACCCCAGGCCUCCCUCACGCAGCCUUCACUUACCCGGCGGCUGCUGCCGCUGCUGCAGCCCUCCACGCCCAGGUGAGGGACCAACCGAUGCGCUGGUACCCUACUCCCUCUGAGACUUCCCAGCCUGGAUGGAAGUCCCGGCAGUUUUGUUAGAUAUUUAGCCUCUGGAAACCACACCUUUGUCCAGCUCAAGUGAGGUUUGCCAAGCUCUUCAUUAAUUUAAUCAGGUUUAUUUAAUGGACAAAUGUGCAUUAUUAUAAACAAACCGUAUUUAUAUCUCCUCUCGAUGUCUCUGGGGGGAGUCUGAGUUGAAACCAUCUUGCUGUCGACAAUCUGAGCUUAUCCUCGGCAACUAUUGCGGUACCAUCUUAGCCCAGUCAAAACUCCAUGGAUCAUAAUUGCUGAGGAAAAUUGACGCAUUGAAGUUACUGUUAAGCUAGUCCUUCCAUGGUUUACCGCAGCUCCUGGGAGGUUUAGAGGCAUUAAGAGUCCUUGCAUGUUAGUCUUUUUGGCAUGAAUUUAGAACGCAGAGUUCUGUGUAUCCUAAUUUUCUUAGUGUUUGUGUUGCCUCUUUGCCUUUUGGCCUAGACAGCGAAAUGUUUUGUUUUCCAGUAGAACCUUGGUCUUACCUCUGUGAAAGUUAGGCUGUUGUGUAAAUGGCUAAUCUCGCAUGGACCUUGUGAAUGCAUCCCUACGUUCUAUGACAACCCCAGCCCUUAUGAUCAUAUCAAUGUCUGUCAUUAUUUGAGCAAAGGAAAGUACUAAUUUUGUACUUUUUUGCGUAAUGUCUAUUUAUGCAUUUUUGUGCAACUAAAAUAAUGAACCUGUGUAUAAGUUGGAUGUUUAGUCAUCUUUUUGGUGUUACUUUUUGAUCCUAUAAUCCUGUUGAUGUAGUUUUAAAGAAGAAAAAAGUGCAAUUUGUUUAGGGGGAAAUGGGUAUCUGUCAAAAAAUGGAAGUGUUCUGAACGUGGCUUGUGCCAUUCUGCUAAAAUGAGAUUGCUGUAAAACGAUCUUUCAGAAUGUGAAACUGUACUACAAACUUAAAAGGUGGAUCUUUCUGGGGGGCCAUUUUGAAAUGGGAUUAGAGUGAUGGAGGAAUUUAGUUUGUGGUUUAGAAACAUGUUUGUCUUUGUAUCUGCUGUGCAUAAGUUGUAAAAAAUAUUCCCAUCUUAUGAAUAAUAAAAGAAGUGAAUGCA